AUGAAACACUGGAUUCUACUCGCUGCCAUCGGCUUCGCGACCAACGAGCUGGUCCUCGCCGAAAUUGCUAGAAACAAACAUCGCGGAAGGGGCUCUACGUGGUGGGGAAUUGCAAAAGCGGGAGAGCCAAAUAAUUUCUUACCGUCGCUUCAUAUGGAUCCGACAAUUUACGCGACCUUGAGGAGAAAGCAGAGACGUCUGGUAAGAGAAAAUCCAGGUGUUUUAAUGGCAGUGGCAAGGGGUGCCAAUCAGGCAAUAAACGAAUGUCAAUAUCAAUUUCGUAAUCGUCGUUGGAAUUGUUCAACCAAGAACUUUCUACGAGGGAAAAAUUUAUUCGGCAAGAUUGUCGAUCGAGGAUGCCGAGAGACCGCCUUCAUUUACGCCAUCAUGAGCGCAGCUGUUACACACAGCAUAUCAAGGGCAUGCAGCGAGGGUAGCAUCCAGUCAUGUUCUUGCGAUUAUACCCACCAAUCCCGUGCACCCUCGGCCGCCCGAGAUUGGGAAUGGGGUGGUUGUUCGGACAACAUCGGAUACGGGAUGAAAUUUGCUCGUGAAUUUGUCGAUACCGGUGAACGUGGACGAAAUCUACGUGAGAAGAUGAACCUUCAUAACAACGAAGCUGGCAGAGUCCACGUUUAUUCACAGAUGCGACAAGAAUGCAAGUGCCACGGUAUGUCAGGAUCUUGCGCUGUCAAAACAUGUUGGAUGAGAUUACCAAAUUUCCGUGUGGUAGGUGACCAUUUGAAGGAUCGUUUUGACGGAGCAUCUCGAGUAAUGGUCAGCAAUUCUGAUCGUGCAAGGGACAACAGUAACGCCAUUGUUACCAACUCUGCAAGUAAUUCUGUUCAUCGUGAAGGACAGGGACGUCGUAAUCGUUACAAUUUCAAAUUGAAACCGUACAAUCCAGAACACAAGCCACCGGAACCGGAAGAUCUCGUUUACAUGGACAUAUCUCCACCAUUUUGCGAGAAAAAUCCUAAACUUGGGAUUCUCGGUACGCAAGGAAGACAAUGCAACGAUUCCAGCAUCGGUGUUGAUGGUUGCGAUCUCAUGUGUUGCGGAAGAGGUUUCUUGACACAGGAAGUUAUGAUGAUGGAAAGAUGCUCGUGCAUAUUUCAUUGGUGUUGCGAAGUCAAGUGCCAACAUUGCUGGAAAAAGAAAACUAUACACACGUGUUUGUAG